GUUUAGAGGUCAGAUGUAGCCCCCUCUAGAUUCCAGAAAUGCUGGGAAAUAUUCUCUCUGGACAGUUUCUCAGCCCCUUCUUUAUUGGAAACUGCAGGUGCCUUCUGUUUCUUUCUUCCAUUCUGUUCAGAAUGAACCUCACAGCCCUUUUUCUUGGGGUGGCUCCAGGACAGGAAAAGCUGUGCAGCAGACAAAAUCUCCAACUCACUUCUCUGCCAGGACAGAAAAGAUGUGGCAACCCUGGUUUUGUGAGCUCAGUCAGUGAUUAGAAAUGUGCCAGGACCUCUAUUCACUCAGAGAACUGGAUUCUGAGGAGCAGGAUGGAAUGACUAGCCCCGAAUUAUAAGUGCUGGGACUGGAAGAUAUGGAAACUAUAGACCUGAUGGACAAUCUGAUGUCCCUGCAAUUUGAGCAUGGGGUUCGGGAGGAAGAGGUCCCUUGGCUGUUUCUGCAGAGCCGUUCCCGAGGAUUGAUGAUAGAAGCUUGUGCUCAUGCAGCUUUCUUCUGCAGACUGCUCCAGGCCUUGAGGAAAAUGGAUGGGAGCACCUCAGUCUCUAUGCUCCCUUUGGAGGAAGAGGAGGAAGACCUUUAUAAAAAAUCUUCCAAAAGAGAUCUGAAAGUGGGCAUCAUUGGAGGUGGACGACUGGGAAAACAACUGGCUCUAGUAUUACUCCACCGAGCGUCUAUCCCUGCCCAUAGCCUUCAUAUCUCCACUCGGAGGCCAGAGACCCUGACUGACCUCCAGAAGAUGGGGAUCCAAUGCUUUUACCAUAACUGUUUUCUGGUAGACUGGGCCAAUCUGGUCUUCCUCUGCUGUCUGCCAUCCCAGCUUCCUCACAUUUGCUUGGAAAUCAACAAUAGGCUUGAAAAAUCUUGCAUUGUGUAUAGCCUGGUCACUGCCGUCCCUUUGCCUAGGCUGAAGCAGCUGCUAUGCCACACCACUAUCCUGCGCCCCCAGUAUCAGUGUGCUGAAACUUAUAUUGAUAUAUGGGGGUCCAAUGAGGACAUCAAGUCUGCACUUCAAGAUCCUGAGAUAGUCCAGGCCACUUCUCCUUACAGGACUGAUGGAGGAAUAACUCUCAACAUCAAGUGGCUGGAGGCAGUCUUCUAUACAGCUCUAAAUAUCUGCACAUUAAAGGAAAUACCCUACCAACAAGCACUAGAGAUACUCAGUGACUUGUGUCUCUCUGUGCAUCAGAAAACCUGUGGGGAGGAUAAGACUAAUUGCCCAAGGUUCAUUGUUACAAACUUUGUCAACCAAGCCUUUGCCAAGACCCUAAAUCCAAGCAAUGUUUUCCCUUGGUUUGACUUGAUCGCUGUGCAACUCAAGGAAACUCCUUUUAGCCAGCACCUGAGAAAAACCGUGACUCUCCAGGAGCAUUUAACUGUUCUUUACUGUGCCUCACUUGGUAUCUCACUUUCCCAAGAAACAGAAGAAGAAGAGGAGGAAGAAGAAGAGGAAGAGGAAGCUCCAAGCCAGGAGCCCUGAAAGUUAGCUUUUUCAGCUGCUUAGGGAAUCUUCAGACUGACCCAGUUCAGCCCCCUUAAACAGGAUGGGCCUUGACUUUCACUGCUGGCAGUAGCUGCCAGUUAUUUAGCAAUAACUUGUUGGUAGAUUUAUAGAAAUAUAAAGGUUUUGAUUAAUUUGAUGAUAAAUACCAAGCCAAGAACGUGAAACACGUCAUAGUAUUGUAUCUGCCACAAAUUAAGCACUAAACAAAAGGAAAAAUUGCAUUGUUGGCCCUUAGAAUUGUAGAACAAAAACAUAUAUUCCCUUAAUUAGAGGUGAAUUUGGCUGUUGAAGAGCAUCAGUGUAACCAAAGCAUUCUGACUCACCAAAGACUCAGAAGUCUCUUGAUGCUUCCUUUUGUUCAAAAGUCUAGAUUCAAACAAUGUCAAUAUAGUUACAUUCUGCAGCUUCCUUCCUAUAGCAAUAUAUAUGGGAAUAUAUUCAGAAUAAGAAAAAUGGAUGGAUAUGACAAUACUAUGAUAAAAUAAAGAGAUGGGGCAAACCAGCUGACCAACUUCUGAUUCUUUUCAUGUUUCUUAUUUUUCAACAAGAUUUUAUUUUUGUCUUGUCCUGUCAAAAGCUGUUUCAAUGAGCCAUUCUUUUUAAGUAGCUUGUAUAUAUAUUUAAAUAAUGAAAAAUCAUUUUGCAAAAUAGAAAAGUUUUAUUUUUAAAUAAAUGUAAAAAGUGUAAAUACAUUUACUUUGCAAAUGUUUUACAACUCCUUUUUUCAAUAAUAAUGAUAAAAUAAAAAACAAUAGUAGUAAUGGUGUCAAGGUUGGCAGACAAGACACUGUACAAUCUGAGAACUCAGACUCUGAACAAAAUUAUUCAGUGUAAAUGUAAAUUUCCAUGGUAUUGGGUUCUUUGGCUUUUGCAUAAUUGUGAGCCAGCCAAGUUCGGUGCCAUGAUGUUAAAGUACUUUUAAUUAAAUCCUGUUAGCUUAGCAUGGGAGGAAAUUGGCUAUUUCAUCCAAAUGUAAUGUCUGGCAUGAACGUCAAUCUGAGAAAGUUGGAGGAAAUAAUAUAUUGAAUAUUUAGCCAAAUGCUGGGGUUUUUUAGUAGAUGUCUCAGACCUUCCUGGCUUAGUACAGCCCCAGAAGAGUUUUAAGAUUUUAAAAGUAAAAUGGAAGAGGAAGAACAGUAAGAGUUUAAGAAGUUGUAUUAGUGUCCUAAUUCAGUUUUAGCAAUAGGUGACUUAAAAUUUCUUCUGUGAAGAAAUCAUUCAUGAGUGAACCUCAAACUAGAUGCCAUUUAAACAGUGCUUGAGUGACACUGUAAACUAUAGUUUUAGGCAAACUCAAGACCCAAAUCUAUAAUAAAGGAUGGAUUUCAAUCCA